UUGUAGAUGGUAUGCGAGAUAAUGCACACACUGAAGACAAAAAAAUGUGGUUGUGCAGCAUUUGUGUUGUUUUGUGCAUGUGUUUCUGUGUAGUACAGAAAUUGGAACCAAAAAUAAAAAGAGCGCAUCAAACAAUGGAUUAUAUACUAAAAUGGGCUAUAGAGAAACUGGGGAAUAAUAAAAAUAUCAGAUCUUUUACUUCAUUUUUUUCUAAUAUAGGCCUGACUGAGGAAGAGGAUCUCAUCAUGUCCAGUGAUGUUAACAGGCAGGCUGUGUUCCAGACGACAAAAGUUCGAACCCAUUUGAAAAAAGAUGGAAGUUGGAUUCAAAGAUCUCAAGAGGUUCUGGACACUCAGUCAGAUGUAAAAUGUAAACCAGCAAAGCUUGUAAAGCCUAAGAAUGAAUCAUCACCUGAGAGCAGUCGGGUCACUUCCUCCAUCAUACCAUGUUCAAAGAGUGGCGGCACCGCCUCCUCUAGCCUGGACACGUCCACAACCCCUCAAAGCUCUUAUGUCAUGUCAGCCUUAAGGAAGUUUGAGCCUGUGAGCUCAACAGAAAACACACCAGUCAAGAGAGGGUCCCAUCUGGCCAAAAGUCCAUAUCCUGUCCUUGAGGAGUCCAAGAGAGCACAUACAGAGGAUGUAACAGUCAAACCUGUAGAAGAACCACCAAAGACACCAGCAGAUGCUCCUGUAGUGGAUAAACCUAUAGUCAAACUUCUAGCGGAACCAUUGAAGAAACCUGCAGAUGCUUAUAAAAAGGAUGUAGUGGAAAAACCUAUAGUCAAACCUGCAGAGGAACCAUUGAAAACACCUGCAGAUCCUCUUAAAAAGGAUGUAGUGGAGAAACUUAUAGUCAAACCUGCAGAGGAACCAUUGAAAACACCUGCAGAUCCUCUUAAAAAGGAUGUAGUGGAGAAACUUAUAGUCAAACCUGCAGAGGAACCAUUGAAAACACCUGCAGAUGCUCUUAAAAAGGAUGUAGUGGAGAAACUUAUAGUCAAACCUGUAGAGGAACCAUUGAAGACACCUGCAGAUGCUCUUAAAAAGGAUGUAGUGGAGAAAACUAUAGUCAAACCUGUAGAGGAACCGUUGAAGACACCUGCAGAUGCUCUUAAAAAGGAUGUAGUGGAGAAACCUAUAGUCAAACCUGUAGAGGAACCAUUGAAGACACCUGCAGAUGCUCUUCAAAAGGAUGUAGUGGAGAAAACUAUAGUCAAACCUGUAGAGGAACCGUUGAAGACACCUGCAGAUGCUCUCAAAAAGGAUGUAGUGGAGAAACCUAUAGUCAAACCUGUAGAGGAACCGUUGAAGACACCUGCAGAUGCUCUUCAAAAGGAUGUAGUGGAGAAAACUAUAGUCAAACCUGUAGAGGAACCGUUGAAGACACCUGCAGAUGCUCUUAAAAAGGAUGUAGUGGAGAAACCUAUAGUCAAACCUGUAGAGGAACCGUUGAAGACACCUGCAGAUGCUCUUCAAAAGGAUGUAGUGGAGAAAACUAUAGUCAAACCUGUAGAGGAACCGUUGAAGACACCUGCAGACACUAGUGAAGAGGUAACAGGGAAGAAAACAGUAGAAGACGUUUUAACAGAUCAAAGGCAAUCCAGUGGAGCACUGGAUGAGAAAACAGAACAAAACAAAACUCUACAUGAGAAGCCAUCAAAACCCUCAGGUGUGCUGACCACAGAGAAAAAAGAAGACAGUCCAGUGGAACAACUCAUAACAGCACAUGCACCUGUUGGAGAGAAUCCACUCAAACCCAGACAAGCAGAAAACCAGCCUCCAAGUAAUGGGGAACUUUCACUAGUAUCUGCUCUGAAAACUCCAACUACAGAACCAACAGAAGAGCCUCUUGUGGAAGCCACAGCAGAGCACCACAGGGUGAACAGUGAAGCUGGAUUGAGCAGUGUGAAAGAUAAAACCAUGUGUUCCAUCUGCAAGUUGCCCUUAAAUGGAAGUGUGAAAAUUAUCAUCAACAUUCCUAACAUUUGCUGCCAUCCGGAUUGUUUCAAGUGUAAUGGCUGCAACAGUCCUCUGGGUGAUCUCUCCUCAUCUAUAUACCACUAUGCUGGGAAAGUCCUCUGCGAGAGAUGCUUUGAACAAAUCUUCCAGCUCUGAUGAUUCAUCCCCACAGCCACCUACUGGACUACAACUUACAACUAAGCUCAUCGCAGAGUCUACCACUAAGUUCACUUUAAUUCAGCUGUAAAUGAUAAUUGCUGUGUGAGCAAGUCUUCAUAUGUAUAUAUAUAUAUAUAUAUAUAUAUAUACAUACACACAAUUUCCCCUUGGGGGUUAAUUAAGUAUCUCUCUCUGUGUCUGAUCAACAUAUUCCUCAUCUUCUUCUAACAAUUCAGUUUCAAGUGAAUUUUAAUAUCCUCUUUAGAUGUGAUCUGUAGCUGUAAGAAUUGACAACACUGAUCGUCAUCUUUCAUUAAAGUUUAUUGCAUGAGUUUCUAUGAAGUCAACACACAAUUUUAUGUAAAUUCAUUUUAGUUUGCAUUAUUUGUAUUAAUCAUUUACAGUUAUCAAUCUAGAAAUGUUUGUAGUUUUCUAAAAUGAGCUAGAAUAAUUAAAAAAACAUUAGUUCCUUUGAUCGAGCACCAUCAUUGAAUAGGUUCAGCAUAUUGCCACAGUUAGUCAAAAUAUACAACAAAUACACACUGACACUAAGAGUGUCUUUAAAUACUGAAUUCAAAUUGACAGAAAGAAAUCCGCUCACUUCAGUGCCGUUUCUCUGUGUGUCUCAGAAUAUAAACCAACAACUGACUGAGGAAACAAGUCAAACUCUCAAAAAGAUGAAAAGAGAAGCUAAAAUCCUAGCAAACUGCAAGGCAUUAAUAUGACCAUGAAGCACAAUGAAUACAAUCAUUAAAAUGAAUAAA